AUGGUCAAUGGAAACGUGCAAGCUACUUGCGAGGUAGUCUUGUGUUUUAAUUAACGUUUUUCGGAGAAUUUAAAUUGUUUUUAUUACUUAGCUGUUGAUUAAACUGAAACUUAAAAGGUUCACCUCUAAGAAAAAAGAUGCCAACAGUUGGUGUAAAGCGGGAUAUCCUUUUUGAAGCGCUGGGGAGAAGUUACACGGAUGAAGAAUUCAAUGAUCUGUGUUUUGAAUUUGGGCUUGAGCUGGACGAAGUUACCACGGAGAAACAAAUGAUUUCCAAGGAGCAAGGAGAAGGGAAAUCUGAAGGCGCUUCUGAGGAAGUAAUUUAUCGUAUUGACAUUCCUGCAAAUAGAUACGAUCUACUCUGUCUUGAAGGCUUAGUGCUAGGCCUAAAUGUCUUCCACGGAAAAAUGAAAAUGCCUCGAUUCAAAACAAUUAAGCCCAAGAAAGUUGAAAGGAUGGUCAUCAAGCAAAAUACGGCCCAAAUCAGACCUUUUGCUGCGGCUGCAAUUCUCAGAGGUGUCACGUUAAACAAGAACUCAUACAACAGCUUCAUUGACCUGCAGGACAAACUGCAUCAGAAUAUUUGCAGAAAAAGAACUCUUGUUGCUAUUGGUACCCACGACUUAGACACAAUCGAAGGUCCAUUUGUUUACGACGCCCUUCCACCAAAAGAAAUCAAGUUUGUUCCCUUAAACCAAGAUAAGGAGUAUGAUGCUGCUCAACUAAUGGAGCUUUACUCUACUCACGCUCAGCUGAAAACGUACUUGCCGAUCAUCAGGGACAGUCCUGUUUAUCCAGUGAUUUUUGACAAAAACGGAGUUGUUCUGUCGAUGCCCCCUAUCAUCAACGGAAAUCACUCUAAAAUCUCAACAGACACAAAAAACAUUUUCAUUGAAGUCACCGCCACUGACCUCACAAAGGCCAAAAUUGUGCUGGACACUCUUGUCUGCAUGUUCAGCAAGUACUGCUCAAAGCCCUACGAGGUUGAGUUGUGUGAAGUUGAGUACCCUGAUGGCAAAGUCAUGAACAGCCCUGCAUUGCCAUACAGAAAUGAAAUCAUUGACUUUAGCAAAGCCAACACAUACAUUGGGCUUCAAGAGUCUCCUGAAAAUAUUGCAAAAUUGCUGAGCAAGAUGUGCCUGGGGACCAAAGUUGAGGGAGAAAAAAUUAAGGUGGAAAUUCCUCCAACGCGCCACGACAUCAUUCAUCCGUGUGACAUCUUUGAAGAUGUAGGCAUUGCCUAUGGGUACAACAAUAUUCCCAAGACCCUGCCAACGGCAGCUACCAUCUCCCAACAAUUCCCUCUUAAUAAACUUUCCGACCAGUUGAGAGGCGAGGUGGCUCAGGCAGGAUUCACGGAAGCACUGACUUUCUCCUUGUGCUCCAUUGAUGACAUUUCUACCAAACUUGGCUGGUCGAUUGAGAAAUUGUCUGCAGUGCAUAUCUCAAAUCCGAAGACUCUGGAGUUCCAAGUUGCAAGAACGACGCUCCUGUCAGGCCUAUUGAAAACCAUCGCUGCAAACAGAAAUAUGCCUUUGCCUAUCAAAGUGUUUGAAGUUUCAGACGUUGUGCUAAAAGAUUUGAUGACAGAGGUUGGAGCUCGAAAUGAGCGCCACUUGUGCGCUGUCUACUACAACAAAAAUUCUGGAUUUGAAGUCGUCCAUGGUUUGCUAGAUCGAGUGAUGCAGCUCCUAGGAGUGCCUUUCAGGUCUGAGGGAGAAGGCAUUGGAUAUCACUUGGAGCAUGAUGAAGAUCCAACUUAUUUUCCAAAGCGUUGUGCAAAGAUAAUUUAUGGUGGAAAUGUGAUUGGAAAGAUUGGUGUUCUGCACCCAGAUGUCAUCACGAAGUUCGAAUUAACCAUGCCUUGUUCUGCUGUGGAAAUCAAUAUAGAACCUUUCUUGUAAUAUGAUUCUCCGUAUAAGGACAUACUAGCCAAUAAAUCAUUUUCAUUAAUAUUUCACAUAAUGUCAUUUUAUAGUUUCAAUUAUA